AUGAUUAAGUCCUGGAGCGAUGAUCUACAGGGAAAACAAAUUUUGGCAGGAGGGUCAACUAUAGCAAAUGUUUAUGGUCAUAAUACCUCGCAGAAAGAAUCCGAUACAUUGAGCGGCAUCCCAACUAUGGACGGCGACGGCGAUGGUGACAUUGAGAUUCAUAGGGAUGAAAAUAUGGAGAAUGUGGAAACUCAAAGUCUGAGGCCAAAACGGAGCAGCAGUCAAUACAGCCAGAGCUUGUUUAGCAACCAAACGGAUGAUGCCUCUCGGAUCAACACAGACUGUCCACGGGAGGAUGAAGAGACCGGGGAAGAGAGGCUUGAAAGAUGGAAACAAUUCUUCAACCACAGACCCUUGAUGAGAUGUCUGGACGACGGCGAUGGCGAUGAACUUCUAGCUGAGCUUCUCUUCAAUAGACUGUAUGAAGAGGUGCGCGUCAAGGCGAUUGGUAUGGGUGGUUCUAAAUAUAGGGGUGAGCUGCAAGCCAGAGCUUUCUGGGACAAUGUGAGGGGCCAGCUUAGAGUCAACGAUGACGAGAUCUUCCAUGCCUGGCCUUAUACUUAUGUGGAACACGAAGAAGAGCACUUUGUGCGAGGCUUCCGGAAGUUCAAGCUUGGUAGCAGACGAAUCACACGCCCACCACCAUACUUCCGAGAAUCUGCCGCAACCACCGUCUCCAAACACGUAUUUCGACAGUAUUGGAGUACAUGGUUAUACUUCCACGUCAUGGACCCAUUUUCUGUCGAGGGUGAGCUGCUCAACUUGGCCAACCACUUCUAUCAGGGCCAAUGGCAGCAAGUGAUUGAUUUCGACAUCAGCGGCCUGUCCCCCAAGAAUGCCCUUCCGGCCCGCAUAUUUUCCCUUCGCGCCCAGAUAGCCCUCGGACACGCAGAGGAUGUCAUUUCAGAUGUCCAGGGAGAGUCGGAGCCGGAGCUGGUUGCAGUUGGUGCGCUGGCUGAGUUUGCCGCGGGAAAUGAAGCAAAAGGAUUGAAGGUUGCGGAACAGCUGGCCGCUGAGUCGGCAGACAACGCUGCUGUCCAGGUUGUAGCAGGGACGGUGCUGCAAGCUUCGGGGAAAAGCGAGGAGGCCUUAGCUUUGCUUGCACAGCAUCAAGGAAGUCUUGAGGCAGUUGCUCUAAUCGUACAAAUCCACCUUCAACAAAACCGCAAUGAUCUAGCUAUCAAGGAGGUACAAGCAGCUCGAAGGUGGGCCCAGGAUAGCCUACUUGUAAACCUAGCGGAAUCCUGGGGGGGAGAAAAGUACCAGCAAGCAUUCUACGUUUUCGAGGAGCUUGCGCAAGCUCCUGCCACAUCGUCAACCCAAAGCCUAGUAUCACAAGCCGUAGCGGAGAUCCAUCUUGGUCGAUUAGAGGAAGCAGAGGCAGCUUUACAGCAAGCGCUAGCUAAGGAUCCCAAAGACGCGGAUGCUAUGGUUAAUAACAUUGUCCUUAAUGUGAUCGCAGGCAAGGAUUCCCAGGAGCUGAGAAGCACCUUGUCCGCAGUUACACAGGAACAUCAUUUCCUCCAAGACCUCGAAGAAAAGAGCGGAUUAUUCGACAAGGCCGCGACUAAGUACUCUGCGAAGGUUGCGGCAUAG